GUUCAGCUUGGCAUUAAUAUUGCGAGUAUAAGUCACAUUACCUGCCUCACAGUGCAAAGUCGAAAUCAGUUUUCUUAGAAAUUCAAUAGAGAAAUGGCGUCAAUGUUGAGCCGCGGUGCACUUUUAGCAGAAUGUUUAGUCAAAAACUCAACGCCAAAGGUUUUGGGGGCUGCACUACAAAGACGUAAUCUCAACGUUCAAGAGCACAUCUCGUACUCACUUUUAAAUGAAGCUGGCAUUCCUACUCCCAAGUUCGGUGUUGCAACAUCAACACAAGAGGCCAAAAAAAUUGCCACCGAUUUGCAAACCGAAAAUUUGGUAUUGAAAGCACAAGUUUUGGCCGGUGGUCGUGGUAAAGGUACAUUCAAGAAUGGAUUCAAAGGCGGUGUUCGAUUGGUUUUCUCACCAGAAGAGGCCGAACAAAUUGCCGGUAAAAUGAUCAACCAAACUUUGGUUACCAAACAAACCGGCGCCGGCGGACGCAUUUGCAAUAAAGUCAUGGUCGCCGAACGCAAAUUCCCACGACGAGAAUUCUACAUGGCUGUCAUGAUGGAAAGAGCCUUUAAUGGUCCCGUCAUUAUUGCAUCAUCACAAGGUGGUGUCAACAUUGAAGAAGUAGCCGCCGAAAACCCCGAUGCCAUUCUCUAUGAACCAAUUGAUAUCGUUCAAGGUUUGACUAAGGAACAAGCAGUCAAAGUGGCCGAAAAACUCGGUUUGGGCAAUGUUUCCGAACUCAUUUCCAAGACACUCUUGAACAUGUAUGACCUCUUCGUUAAGAAGGAUGCACUCUUGAUCGAAAUUAACCCAUACGCCGAAGAUGCAUUCGAUACAUCCAAAUACUUUGCUUUGGAUGCAAAGUUGCGAUUUGAUGACACUGCUGAAUAUCGGCAAAAGGAAUUGUUUAAACUUCGUGAUUACAGUCAGGAAGACCAGAAAGAAGUGGCUGCAACGAAAUUCGAUUUGAACUACAUUGCCUUGGAUGGAGCCAUUGGUUGUUUGGUGAAUGGUGCUGGUUUGGCGAUGGCAACAAUGGAUAUCAUCAAGUUGCACGGUGGUGAUCCAGCCAAUUUCUUGGACGUUGGUGGUGGUGCAACAACCGAGGCCAUCAAAGAAGCGUUUAAAAUUAUCACCGCUGAUCCAAAAGUGAAUUCCAUUUUGGUAAACAUUUUCGGUGGCAUUAUGCGAUGCGAUGUCAUUGCCGAGGGUAUUAUCCAGGCGACAAAAGAGCUCAAUCUCAAAACACCAAUUGUCGUCCGAUUGUUGGGCACCAAAGUCGAAGAGGCCAAACAGCUGAUCAAAGAUUCAAAAUUGCGAAUUUUGCCACGUGACGAUUUGGACGAAGCUGCCAGUUUGGCCGUCUAUUUGGCUGAUAUCGUCAAAUUGGCCCGUGAAGCUAAAUUAGACGUGAAUUUCGAAAUUGCCGAAUUUAAUAACUAAACACAAGAACAUAAACCACUUCCUAGCUAUGUGCUAUCAGCUUAAAUGUUAUCCAUAGCCGUUGGCAUUCUCCAAUUUUGGAGAGCAUACGUAUUAAAUAUAUAUGUAACACGAUAAGAACUAUUUAACUAUCAACUAUUAAACAAACAAAAAAAAACAAACGAUCUACAAUGCGCCUCUCUUUAUCAACGAUCGAUAAAAAAUGGCAUUUUUUGGUUGUGUUUUUUUCUCAUUUUUUCCUCUUUAUCUUUCUCAUCUGUAUUUAUUUCAGCAGUCUUUUUUGCGCACAAUGCUUCUCAUUGCACCCACAAAAUCUUAUUGUUGUUGUUGUAAAUUUGACAGGAAUGUCAUGACAAAUUUUUGUCAUUGAUUCGAUUUAGAUAAAUAUACAUCGGAUUUUAAUCACAGCAAAA